UGAGGCAAGCGACGGGACUUUUCAGGUAUUAAUCUACACCUCCCUCUUGCUGCGUUCUCUCUAGCCGCCAGUUGAAUGUGGCCGCGGGUGCAAGUAGAGGUCUAUGGGGCUACCAUUGACUGGGACUUGGAGCCCCCUGAACUCAUAGAGGGGGAUCAGGUGGAGCUCACGAUCCCCAGGCGCAACAUUCGACACGUUGACGGUCAGUUUGCGUGGAGGUCCAUCAUCUUGUCCGAGGACGUGUGGCUUUGGACGUAUAGAGAACACCGGUCGGGGCAAGGAGUGGGCGUAGUGAGAGCCUACUUGUAUUUGGGACCGGGUGCGGUCAAGGAGGCCGUGGUGGGCCUCGCGACGAUAGGGACUAGUGGCACAGUUAGCAGGGCGUUACGCUACUUAGGGGAAGAGGUAGCUGCCUUCCGAGCGGAGGACUCGAGCGACCCGUUGACCCUAUUUCACGGACGCCCUCCUCUUGAUAUCACGGGCGACCUGGUGGUAGCACGGGACGGGUUUUUCCCGUACAGCGUUAGGAGCCUGCGGGCGAUAGUUCCGACGUUCGUAGUAGAGAGCGUCUUUGGAGGUAUUGGUAAAGUGGUCGAGACAUACCUGGCCUAUCAGGAUCUCAAGAUCCUGGCGAGAAGGCCUGCCGACCUAGACUACAUCUAUUAUUCGCUCGCAACCGGUGGGCCUCGUUGGGGAGACGAGAGGGUUCAGCUUAUAGAGCUGAUCCGCUCGAUAGACGACGAGUGGCCCCAGUCUCCAUACGUUUGGGAUUGGCUAGACCUUGAGCUCCGAGCAGGCCCCGAGUACGUGACUUGCAUCGGGCGACUCUUCUCAGACGACUGGGAGAGCUGGUGGGAUGAGGACGCCGGGCGACCUCUGAUAUACGGCCAUCAGUUGGCGGAAUACUACCAGGGUAUAGGACAGGCGCCAUACCGCGUCGAGGACGAGUUUGACGACGAGGGUUGGGAGCGAGAGGACGACGAGGACGCCUGGGAGCCAGACUGGGUCGACCCAGAGAGUGAGGUUGACGAGGAGGAGAUUGACGAGGAUAACAAGUAUCCUAUCAAGAACCUUGAAACAAUGACUCAAGAUGAAGAUGAGAGCGUACGGGCGUUUGGGAUGCGUUUCCAGAAGAUCUCUGACGUGCUGAUGAAGAAGGGGAAGAUCUCAGAGGUCGAGCGUUGUACUAUCUUCAUCGGACACUUGUCCWARGGUAGGCAAAAGAGUAUACUUAGAGAUCUUCCGCGCGACAGGCUUGAUUUCCCAGAAGUCCUAAAGCUCGCGAUAAAGGCAGAGGCAGACGAUUACAAGGAUUUGGUGUGGAGAGGGAUGAGGAGACGUGACUUCUCUCUGUACAAGGAGUAUGCCACGGAUAGAUGUCCUCAUUUCAAGGACUAUCCCUGGUCGGAGAAGAAUAAGGCCGUGGCUGAGGAAGUGAAGGAGAUACAGGACAUGGUGAAGGGAUUGACGAAACAGGUUACAGAGAUUGUGACCACUACAGGGGCCACGGCCGACUGGGACAAACCUGGAGGGCCCUAUUCACUUCGCUGGGACCGUAGGAACAACGAUUCCUGGAGGAGUGUCGAGGAUAGAAAUCCUCGGACGCUGACUGAUUAUCGUACGAGGGGAAGAGAGAGAGACGAUGAGCCAUGGCGACGUAGGGAUGAUGAGAUAGACCGAGACCGCAGAAAUCGCGAGCCGUUUGCGCGAGCAAGGAGGCUGGAUGAUUACCCGCGAAACCCUCGCUAUGAGGCCGAUCGGGGUAGAGGCGACUCUCGCGGCCGAUGGGAGACAGAUCAGGGCAGACGAUAUGGAUAUAGGGACGACAGAUACGAGAGAUCGGACCGAGAUGGAUAUAGGGACGAAAGAUACGAGAGAUCGGACCGAGAUGGAUAUAGGGACGACAUAUAUGAGAGGUCGGGUCGAGAUGGCUACAGAGGUGGAGAUGCGAGAGAGCAGCGCGACGAGUUGCGGGGGUGGUACAACCGAGGGGACCGACGCGAUGAGUCACGAGGGCGAUAUGACUCGCUGGACUGUCGGAAUGAUUCGCGAGGGCGGUAUGAGCAAGGAGGGUCUGGAGGAGACCGCCGCAACGAUUCACGUGGUCGGAAUGAGAGAGGGGGAUAUGACGUCUCAUCAGAACCAUAUCCCAAGUCACAUGACCCCAAGGCAGCCAGGAGUUCGAUCUCUAGAAGCGCAGACGACAGACCAUCUACUCCCAGGAACUCAUGCGUCUACUGUAGAGGAGAAGACCAUAUCAAGAGGGAUUGCCCGGACCUCAAACGGACAAUAGAUGAGGAACUUGUCGUGCGUGACAACCGCAAGUACGUCAAGUGGGCAGAUGGUCUGGGAGAUGUAUCGAUAUUCCCUUCGAUGAAGGAGAAUGUCGAAGGAAGGAGAGUAAAGCCGAGUAAAGAAAAGGAGUCGGUCAGGAGCCAGAGCAUCAAGAUAACCUUUGAGGGGGAUAUGGCGACCACACCCAUAAGGGUGGCAGCCACCAAGUCGGCGAGAGGGUCUACAUCGAAGAAGACUAACACGGAUUACGUGAUGGCGGAGAAGGACGGGCAGCGGGUCGAYGGAGAGGAGGUUAUCCUUUCGCCGCGAAAGCGGGGAGUGAAGAAGUUCUUAAUGAAGAGUUCGCUGGACGAGAUUGACACGGUCGAGCCACUGAGGCGGGCCCUUCGGCAACCCGUGCAGUGCUCUAUUCUGGAGUACCUGGCGGCAUCGAAGCCGGCUCGUGAUGAUCAGGCUGUUAUCAUAGACGAGGAUCUGGCAGUACAGGUUGGACUGGGCCUCGAUAGGUCAUACCUAUUCGAGGUAGAGACGGCUGAUGGGAGAAAGCAACAGAUCACUGGGCUUUGUCACAAGGCAACCAUAGAGGUCCAAGGGGUACGAGUGACCCUGCCUGUCUUUGCAGUCAAGAACUGCAGCUCCGAUCUGCUCUUGGGUCGAACGUGGCUGAGCCACGUGCAUGCGGUGACGAUAGGGCGACCUGAUGGGAGCCAAACUUUGUCCAUUAAGAAGCCAGACGGGACGCGGGUAAUGAUUGAGACAGUGGAGCCUCGGGACCCGAGGAACAGAGCAGCUCUCGCUGUGGGUGCGAGACCCAGUAAUCAGAUUAAGUCGUUACCUAUCUCCGGCCGCGCGGUGCGAUUUCGCGAGAAGAGAUAUGGACCACUGCUCACAGAGGAAGAAGGUCGGAUCGUGGAGGUGGAAGAUUUAGGGAGUCGGCUAAUAGUGGACGGCAACUCGUACCCAAAGGAAAAAGAUGAGGAAUUUGGCGRUGUGGUAUCYGUGUYUUUUUUAAGGSCACGGCCCCCUAUGGGGGGCUACCCAAGCGACACAAGCGAGUAGCUCACAAAGUUAAGCCAGCGGCGGUGGGCCGCGAGGGAUCUGCACUGGAAGGGAUAUCGGAAGAAAAGAUCGCGAAAGAAAUUAAAGAAAGAAAGAGAAAGGAGCCGCAACGCCUAACGGAAGAGAGGAUAGCAGGGAUGGACUUCGGAGAUGGGAAUUUGACCCGACAAGAGCGAGAACAUGUGAUAGAAAUCCUGAAGACAUGUGAUAAAGCCAUAGCUUUUAG